AUGAAUUCCCAGCAGCAGAGGAUGGCCGCGAUAGGAACUGACAAGGAGCUGAGCGACUUGCUGGACUUCAGCGCGGUAGGAUAUUCUCCGAGUUUAAACACAUCUUUUUUUCUUGUUUUGCAGAUGUUUUCCCCACCUGUUAAUAGUGGGAAAACCAGACCAACUACACUAGGAAGCAGCCAGUUCAGUGGAUCAGGUAUGGAUGAGCGAACAGGUGCCACAUCCUGGGGAACAAGUGGUCAGCCAAGUCCUUCAUAUGAAUCUUCAAGGGGUUUUGCAGACAGUCCUCAUUACGGUGAUCACUUGAAUGACAGUCGAUUAGGGCCCCAUGAAGGAUUGUCUCCGACACCUUUCAUGAACUCAAAUCUGAUGGGAAAAACCUCUGAUAGAGGUCCAUUUCCAUUGUAUGGAAGAGAUACGGGGUUACCAGGCUGUCAGUCUAGUCUGCUUCGGUCAGAUAUGGGGCUUGGAAGUCCAGGUCAGCUGUCAUCCUCGGGAAAACCUGGAGCGCCCUACUAUCCAUUUUCUGGCACAAAUCAGCGCCGAAGACCACUUCAUGACUCACCAGCUCUUGAUCCUCUACAGACAAAGAAAGUAAGAAAGGUGCCCCCUGGUUUGCCUUCUUCUUACUUAACACAUGGGCGCAGGUGCACUUGGCUGAGUCAUAACUCAAAGCCGGAUAGGCUGAAUGGAACAUACUGCACGGGCAGCAGAGAUACAGCGGAGCGGAAUGCUCUGAGCUUUUCAUUUUGUAUUGAGGCUCAA